CAACAAACAAGGUAUCAUGGGCAAUGAGAAAUUCCUGAUCUCUCUCUUGACCAGCCUGGUUUAAAUUUUAUUUAAUUAUUAAUAAAAUAAUAAAAUACCCCUUGCCUACACCAUUCUAGUUCUAGAUCCCUCUCCACUCUUUAUAUCAUUAUAUUCAUAUUCUUUCUUCUUCUUUGAGCAAUUCAUAAGGUGAGUUUUCCCCAUAUUAUGCGUUCACAGACAAACUUCGAGUAAGUUUGUUUGUUUCGGGUGGGUCAAAUACUACAUUGAAACUUUGAAGUUUCGAACUUUCCUAUUAGAAUCAUGAUUAGUUCAUCAACUCCUACUAAAAACCCAAUUAUAACAAUUAUUCCUAAAAAUCUGAAAUUGUCUUUACGGCCUCAGAAUUUAUCUCGCCUCCAUUUGAGAUCAAUUCAAUGCUCUUUUCAAAAUCAAAAUCCCAAUACUUUGAAGAGGCCUGCAAAUCCAAAAACGCAUCUUUUUGGAGUCAUAACCCCAGGUCCUGUUUUUACCCAGAAAGGCAAUACAAGGAGGGGUAAUGAGGAAAACAGAGGUUUUGCCCAAGUGGGUAGUCAACAGAUGGCAGUAUUAUGUGGGUUUGGGUAUUGGGUGCAGGGUUUCAGGUGCUUUCCAUGGUUGGCUCUCAACUUUCACAUGGCCAACAAUCUAAACCUGCAACCAUUAACAUUGCAGCUCGUCCAGCACUGUGGUAACCUUCCCAUGGUGGCCAAGCCUCUCUAUGGAAUCCUCUCUGAUGCUAUUUAUAUUGGUGGUGCUCAUAGAAUACCUUAUAUUCUCAUUGGAGUCUUGUUGCAGAUCCUAUCUUGGGGGCCAUUGGCGUUCAUCCCACUUGCCCGUGAAGCUCUUCCUAUCCUUUUGGCAUGCAUUCUUCUUGGAAAUCUCGGUGCAUCAGUUGCAGAAGUUGCAAAGGAUGCUCUUGUUGCAGAGUAUGGCCAGAAACAUAAAAUUAGAGGCCUCCAGUCCUAUUCAUUCAUGGCUUUAGCUGUUGGUGGAAUCCUAGGAAACUUGCUUGGCGGUUACUUCUUAAUGAAAGCACCACCCAAGAACGUCUUUCUCAUAUUUUCCUAUCUAUUAUCUAUUCAAUUUGCAAUUUCAUUAACAGCUAGGGAGGUGUCGCUUGGUUUAUCACGAACAUCAGAUCAAAAACUUGCUAAGGAAUCAAUCUGGGAAAAUAUCACAAAAAAGCUAAGUGAUCUUAAAAUGGCAUUAGGUGAAGACAUUAUUUCUCGCCCUCUUACCUGGAUUGUAGCUUCCAUUGCUGCAGUCCCAGUUCUAUCAGGUUCUAUCUUUUGCUAUCAAACACAAUGCCUAAAUUUAGAUCCUUCAAUUAUUGGAAUGUCAAAGGUAAUUGGGCAGUUGAUGCUUCUUUCAUUGACUGUACUCUAUGACCGAUACUGGAAAGGAGUGCCCAUGAGGAAAUUGAUAGCUUCAACCCAGGUUCUAUACGCUUCUUCUCUUCUUCUUGAUGUUGUGCUAGUGAGACAGAUAAAUCUUAGAGUGGGAAUUCCCAAUGAUGUAUUUGUUUGUUGUUUUUCGGGCUUAGCUGAAACCCUUGCACAAUUUAAGCUUCUUCCCUUUUCAGUGCUAUUAGCAAGUUUAUGUCCAAAGGGUUGUGAAGGGUCUCUUACUUCUUUCUUGGCAUCAACAUUGUGUUUAUCAUCAAUUGUCAGUGGGUUUUUGGGUGUUGGCUUAGCUUCCCUGAUGGGGAUAACAGCUGGUGAUUACUCACGCCUGCCUGUGGGAAUUUUGAUACAGUUCAUUUUAGCAUUACUGCCUUUGGGAUGGAUUCAUUAUGUACCUUCCCAAUCCACGGUUGAGAAGAAUAGAAAGAGAGGUAUCAGCAAAAGAAGUAGAAAAGUUAGGAGGAUUGGAAGAGUUGUGUUAGGCUCCAUUUAUUUUUAUCGGAGAGAGAGAGAAUCUGAGGCACAGGGAUAAUUAUACUUGGUGUAAUAUUAGCUUUCUUUUAUCAUAAAGAGGAGAGAAAAUUUGAAACAGUUGGAUUAUUCAAGUCUCUUGCUGAUGGAUCAAUCAGCCAUCUGAGAAGGUGAGGUGGUAUCAGUUCGUAACGGCCAGUCAGCCACAACUCUGCAAAAGGCAAUCAAUUUAUUCAACUGCACAUUGCCCUUCUGAUGUAUAUUAAUCAGAUCUGUGCUCCGUUAGGGUGUUGCUGUUGGGUGUCAAGACCAGCUUUUAAUUCUGCAUGUUAAAUUACCGAUUAGGCAGCUUAAAGGAUGGUAAUUAAGCAGGAGGCAAUCCAAAUGAAUUGUACAAUCUCAAUGCACCUUAUGUUGAACUCGCCUGGUGGAACUCUGUUUCUGGCCUUCUGAUAUGUAACUGUAAUGAACUUGUAACAGGGCAUCCACAUUCCCUUACUAGGAAACUGUUGCAAGUUUGAAAUUUUUUUUUUUUCUCGUAAAUCCAAAACAGAAAAGCAGAACGGACUUCUGCUUUCAAUUUUUCUAUUUAAGAUUUGGAGCUCGUAUUACAGUCUCAAGCUAUGUCUAUGCUUGUUAAGUGAUCAUUUUUGUCAUUUUUAUUGAGUGAAGUGCCUUUAAGAGUCUGAUUA